AUGGACUCACUGACCAAUGCAGACAGUGCCGGGAGCUGUGACAGUGUGAUCAGCCUCAACUCUGCCUUUAGUGAUGACAGUCUCGGAUACCUGUCGGCAGAGGAGCGAGCGUGCCUCAUAUUCCUGGAAGAGACUAUUGAAUCUCUGCAGGCAGACGAUGACAGUGGCCUGUCUCAUGACGAGCAGGAUCAGCUACGCCACAGUCAGGAAACAAACCCUCUGCAAGACCAUUCCAUUAAUGAAAGCCAGUCAGACGGUGUGCUAAAAGUUAACAGUGAUCAAGAUGAGGCUGAUGAUAAAAAACGUAAACGUCUAAGCUGUCUCGUGCCGACGCCAUUGCUGCUGGCCACUGGUGGGGUCAAUGUCCUGCCAAAACCUUCUGGGUCAGUGACUGACCCCAGACCCGGAGCUGCAGAGGAAAACCCCGGAGUCCCAGCGAUGUUCUCUGAUCCCGCACCUCCCACUACCGACGAGCUCACUGAAGAGGCCACAGGUUCAGAGGAGAUGACCAACCAUGAAGACGCUGAGCUGGCUACCCCAACAAACUUUCCUUUCCCCACACCGACCAGUUUGUCCAGUAAUACUUGUGAGGUAGAUGGUGCGCCCAAAGAAAAUCCCCAGGAUGUUGGCUCCAUCCCGUUCCAUCGGUGGGUUUCCUCUGAAAUGGCACUUAUACCCCCUCCCUCAGACUUUAUGGACGGGCCAGUGGGAGACAGCGAGCCACCCGAUUUCGUGCCCGCGUUGCCGCCAGAAAACAAGCUGCCACCUCAGAGUCAACCUGAACGCUCAGAAACACUUGCCCCUCGUGCUCUGGACACACCGGCUGAGGAAGACGCACCAGCUGCUCCUGAAGUGGACAGACCACCUGAGGAAGACGCAGCAGCUCUUCCUGUAGUGGACAGACCAGCUGAGGAAGACGCACCAGGUCCUCCUGUAGUGGACAGACCAGCUGAGGAAGAUGCACCAGCUCCUCCUGUAGUGGACAGACCAGCUGAGGAGACAAAAGUUCACCGUGCUGAAUCUUUAAAGGCAAGUGGAGUGUUGUCUGACAGUGACUUGGAGAAGCUGCGUAAGAAGGCCAGUGUGAAAAAAGUCCCCCCCGCUACCGACAGCCAGUCAAACACAGACCAUUCCAGCCUGCCUCUGUCCUCUACAGACACCCCGCCAGUCACUCACUCAGAGAACAGCGAACUCAGGAGUCCACCUUCUGUGGCUCCAAAGCCAAAGAAGCUUCCACCCAACAUUAUUCUCAAGAACCAAAAAACGCAGGACUCUAAGUCCGGACACCUGCCUGUGUCAGCAGGGGAAAGAGUCAUAAUGGACCCUCAGAAGGUACGCAUGGAGGCUCUGCGAAAACUGGGUUUGCUGAAAAAUGAUGAGGUUGACUCAGGACCCAUCCCAAGUCCUUCACUUUCACCCAAAUGUCACAGACACAGGGCCUCCCCCACCUCUCCCAGCGGCCGCAGCAGCCUCACGGAGCUGCCCCCAGGAGAUUCGGCCCAAAGCCCGUCCCUGCCCUCCGAACCUGGGCCGGACACGCCGACAUGCACUGCAGACGCUGGACGAGUAAGUCCCUUGAUCCUGAGGCAGGAGCGCAAGCCUGAAAAGACUCUGGUUGUUAAAUCACCCUCUCCUACAAAUGCACACCAGGACAACAACUUGGAUAAGAUCAGUGUGGAACUGUCCCCAGGUCAGUUACGAAAGACCCUCAUUCACCCUCCAUCUCCGAGCGACAUGAAGGACACGGGUAAUCAUCAGGGACUAACGCAGGCAGAACUGCUUAAAAGGGAUAUCGGUACCAGAGUUCUCCCGGCAGCACCUCCCACUCUGCCACACUCAGACUCCUCUAAAGAGCCUCGCUCUCAUGGCAUAAGUGUGGUCAUCUCUCCACACAGCCAAAAUGGUGAAAACAGACGAGAGGCCCUGAAGAAACUGGGUUUGUUGAGAGAUUAA